UGUUAAAACGUUCCAAUUCAUCAUUCAUUUCAAAGAUUCAGUAGAAAUAACAAGAAUUUAAAAAAACAAAUAAAAUAAAAAAAUGUCCGCUCAGUGCCAAUUAAGAGAAUUUAAGGACCAGCAAAAGGAUGGUGCUGGAGUCGCAACUUUAUCAUCUGGUGCUCCAGUUGCAGAAAUAUCAUCUGUUCAAACUGUUGGAAAAUGUGGACCAAUGCUUUUACAAGAUGUCAAUUAUAUCGAUGAAGUCGCACACUUUGAUCGAGAGAGAAUUCCUGAGAGAGUUGUUCAUGCUAAGGGUGCGGGUGCAUUUGGAUAUUUCCAAGUAACUCAUGAUAUUACAAAAUACUGUGCUGCAAAGCUCUUUGACACAGUUGGAAAGCGUACACCUAUUGCUGUAAGAUUUUCAACAGUCGCUCGUGAAAGUGGUUCAUCUGAUACAGUUCGUGAUCUUCGUGGUUUUGCUGUCAAAUUCUACACUGAAGAUGGCAAUUGGGAUAUAGUUGGAAACAACAGUCCAAUUUUCUUCAUCCGCGAUCCAAUCCUUUUCCCACCUUUGAUGCACACUAGGAGAAAUCCACAAACUCACUUGAAAGAUGCUAGUGCCUUCUGGGAUUUCAAUACUUUGAGACCCGAGACAACUCAUCAACUCAUGCACAUGUUCGGAGAUCGUGGUAUUCCAAACGGUUAUCGCUUCAUGCAUGGUUAUGGUUCACACACUUUUAAACUGGUCAAUUGCAAGGGUGAAGCUGUCUAUUGUAAGUUCCACUACAAGAGUGCACAAGGAGUUCAAAACUUGGACGUAGAAACAGCAAAUUACUUGCAAUAUUAUGAUACUGAUUACGCAAUUCGUGAUUUAUAUGAUGCUAUUGCACGUGGUGAUUAUCCAGCCUACAACAUGUCCAUUCAAGUAAUGACUUUUGAAGAAGCUGAGAAUUGCAAAUGGAAUCCAUUUGAUUUGACUAAAGUUUGGCCACAAAAGAUGUUCCCAUUGAUUCCAGUUGGUCGAUUAGUUUUUGAUAGAAACCCAACAAAUUACUUCGCAGAAGUUGAACAAAUGGCACUUUCUCCAGCGAAUAUGGUUCCUGGAAUUGAACCGUCACCUGACAAAAUGUUGCAAGGACGUCUGUUUUCAUAUGGUGACACUCAACGUCAUCGUUUAGGUGCUAAUUUCAUGCAAUUACCUGUCAAUGCUCCGAAAGGAGUCUGCGUUAAAAAUUAUCAUAGAGAUGGACCAAUGCACUUUAAUGAUAAUCAAAAAGGAGCACCAAAUUAUUAUCCAAACAGCUAUGGUGGUCCUGAACCAUCACAACGUGCACGUGACUUACAAGGACCAUACAAAGUUACAGGAGAUGUUCAUCGUUAUGACAGUGGAGAUGAAGACAAUUUUAGUCAAGCAGCCGUCUUUUGGAAUAAAAUUUUGGAUGAUGCUGCCAAGAAACGUCUUGUUAUAAAUAUGGCUAUGCAUGUCGUUAAUGCUGAAGAAUUUAUCCAAGAACGUGUAAUCAACAUGUUUGCUCAAGUUAGUCCUGAUUUAGGUGAAUGUUUGAGAGCCGAACUUAACUUGAGAAAACCUGCCAAGAUGUAAAAUUUGCAGAUUAUUUUUAUUUUUGAACAAGGCUUUUGUCGUCAACUUUAUUAGGGUGUUUCUUAAAAGAAUAUUUUUUUAAAAUGUUCAAAACUUUAAUGCUCAAUUAAUUUUUUUUUUGAGUACUAAAGUCUUGAACCUUUUUAAAAAAAAAUCCAAAUUUUUGAUGUAGCUUCUCUAAUGUGGUGAGCAGGUAGAACUGAUAAUAUAAAUCAUAUAAAACAUUCUUCUUUUAAGAAACACCCUCGAUAAUUAUUUUCAUUAAUCCCCUUAUUCCAAGUUUUAACUUUAACUUGAAAUCCUUAUUAUUAUCUAAAAGGAAUAGCUCCAAUUUCCUACCCUAUAUAUUACACACUAUAAAUGUACCUUUUGUUGUAAACAAAGAAACAAAACCAGGUCUUAAACACCAGCAAAUGCCUUGAGUUGUAAGACUGGCUUAUAAAUGUUACAAUUAAUUCUAUUAUUAAACUUCAGAUACAGUCGACAAAAGCCUUUGUUUCAAAGACAUACUUAUUUUUAGGUCACUAUGUAAGAUAUUGUUGAAAACACUAAGAAUUUUAUCCGACUACACAUUUUAACUCAAUUUAUAGCACAAAAAGUUAUUCAAUAAAGUACCUAAU